CAAGGAGCCAAGUUUGAUACAUGGUACCCUCAAAAAAAAAAAAAAAAAAAAAUUGGCGCUAAGGCUCCAAGCGGGCCUUCCACAUGACAGGUAAGCACAGUAGCACUGAGCUCCACCCAGCCCUCCCAUGUAUUGCACACCAUUUCUCUGCUUAGGUAUCAUUUAUUCCAGUUUGUGAAUAAGCCAGAUUUCACUCCCUUGGGGAUGGUGGUGCCCUCAAAGAGAAUGCCUAACUGAUGCUAACAAAUUUUUUCUGACAUUUUACAGCACUAGGAAUCCUUCUGUACAGAAGUACUUGUUGCAUUUUCAUUAAUUCAAAUAGCUUUUGGCUGGAGGUGUAACUCAGUGGAGCUGUACCUGCCUGGCAAGCACAAGGCCCUGCAUUUGUAAAUAACUUUCGUUCUGUGCUGCAUAAGGCAGACACCACUCCUAAUCUGUAGCAGAAUACUCAUCCUAAGGUUAUUAGUUCCUGUCACCAGUCAUGGGUGACUUUUUAUAAUAGUUCUGUUAAAGGUCACGUAGCUCGGGUUAACAGUAUGGCAAAGCACUUUGCUGUCCUAUUUGUGCUGUGCUUGAAGCUCCUGCACUUCGGUGCUCCCUAGCCCAGUAAUGCGGUUUCUUUUCUUUCCCCCCUUUUUUUGAGACAGUCCCACGAUGUUCCCCAGGAUGGCCUUGAUCCUUCCAUCUCAGCAUCCAGAGUAGCUGGGACUACAUCAGACCAACUGUACCUGGCUCUCAGUUCUUAUCCAUUUCCAUAUUUCAGAUAGGAGCCGUUCUGGAAUGCUCGUGGCCAUCUGGAAACAUCAUGUGUUGCUGUGUGGGGUGCUGGAUGUGGGACAAUCAGAUCCUCUUGGUGGAUGCACAGUGAGGUGUACUGUGUAAGAGUCACUUCAUCUGAUACGAAGGAAUUCAACUUAGGAACAUUCUCCUGGAACGUAACUCGUCCACAAGCCGAGAACUCACUGUCCAUGCAUGGUGGGGAGCUGGAACGAUAGACUGCGAGGACCAAGCAGGAAAAGUACGAGACGAGCUGGACCAUCUUGUGGUGCAGAAGGCAGGGCAGUGCCUACAGAGUGAAGUGAGCGAAGGAGGACGCGGAAGCCGUCUGAAGGGGCCUGCUGCCCAGAACAAGGCAGACGUGAGUGACAGAACCCUACUGAAGUUGGCCAUAACCGUGAGCUGCAGUCCCUGGCCCUCGCCAUAAUGAACAGACAAAAGUGUUCACGUGAACAGCGGACGCUGACAGACCGAGAUCCAGGCACGGUGGUGUACAACUGUAACGGGAGGAUCACCAUGAACAUGAGGUGAGCCUGGGCUACACAGUACAGAGCAAGAACCUGUCUCAAAAACAAACUCGAACUCACUGAUGUUCAAUUACCAGUGACAUCUGAUUCAGGUAAGUAAGAAUCACAGAUGCUAAAACCACCGAGCCAGAUUUCAACAAGCAUAGCUUGUUUGUAGUCUCAGGUUGUUCCUUACAAAUUACAAAACUCAGAUGACAAAUGGUACCUCAACGGUGAGUGCCCUGGAGCCACCCCUAGCCAGGGAUCUGCUGGGGCCUGGAGCUUCCUGAGGCCCCCUCCUGUAGCUGUCCGCUAGCCAGAGCCUGGCCGCCCCAAAGGAAAUGCAGCCACAGGUUUGGUGCCAAUGGAAAGCAGAGGGUACAGGUGCCGCACAACAGCAAGGCUCUGUCUGGUCCCAAGAGGUUCUCAGAAAAUUCACAGCUCUGGAAUUCUGGUCCUGGGCACACGGCUGUGUGUGUCCUCCCUGCUGUCAGUGCAUGGCUUGGAGCUAUAAAAUUCUGUUUUCCAAGGCCCUUUCCAGAUAAUGGAGCUUUAGAGACCCUAGUGGAGGAUUCAGGAAAAGUGUCAGUAAGAAUGGGUGAAAGCCACCAGGUAAGCCAGAGCUCGCCAGCAACAGACACAAAGUCCCUGUGACAACUCAGGCCAACAGGAGCUGCAGCCACUGCAUGCUGACGGCCCAGCAGGACCAAGUCUGGUCACAGAGAGAGGACGCGGCUGAGGAGGGGCAGGGCGGCCACCACUUGGGCCCAUGAAUUACGGUCACAGAACCCUGGCAGCCCUUCUGCUGCUGUGCUGUGUGCAGAGGUAGACGUGAGCCCUCUGGCCAAGCUGUCGCCUAACCACACCAUGAGGCUCAGGAUGCCAGACCAGGUGGCCGCUCUCCAGGGUGGCAGGGCUGUGCCUCUCACUGCUGAGCAGGGCUCUCAACCUGCCCUGUGCCACUAUCUAGAGAUGGCCCCUGCACGAUGAGGCCAAGGGCAGGUGUCCGGGAGUGGGGCAGGGACACUGCUUGUCACUGACGGCACACAGGACAGUCCUGCCGCACAGCUGCCCACCUGUUCUGUCUCCGGGGCCACACAGGGCCACCCCGGACGGGCCUCACCUGCUGUCCGUGGGAAUGAGGGGAGAGCCACCAAGCAUCCCCUGCUGAUUAAGACACACCCAGUGCUAUCCACCUGGGAUCCGGGAAGAUCCCAGUUCUGUGGCAGGGAGUACCCGGGAGCAGAGCCACUCCCACUGUGGUCCCGGACUCAUGGCAGCUGGGCGUGGCCGGGCACAGGUCGGCAAGGUGGUAAGCAGGGUUCGCCUUCACACAUGCAGUCAGAAAAGUCCCCAGCCCCAAGACGUGUCAUGCCUCAUGGACAGCAUUGUGAAGGCAGGACGGGUGAGGAAACAAGUCAGGAUGCUGCGCCACAGGCCACACAGUGUCCACCGCCACAGCACACGACGGCUCUGUGCAAAGCCGCAUGACACCAGGGGACACCUGUAGAAGGAGACCUCCCUGCAGAUGCCAGCUCUGUGCCUGGGAGAGGAUCCAGGCAGGGGCUGCCAUUCUGGGAAGUGGCCACGGGCUCCAGAACACCCACAGGAAGGCAGGAAGCACCCGGCCGAGGACAGGUCCUUUCUGUUCAGGAGGAGGACGGUCACAAUCAGGGAACAAAGCACCCGCAGGGAGCAGCAAACAUUUUGAAGCUUAAUUCACCUGGAAGGAGCAGCAGGCUACUGCUUCCAUCCCACCACCCCGGGAGCCACAGUGACAACUGAAGGGCGACCCAAGGAUACUGGCCAGGGCUUGGGGGCAGCCUGCGAGCAGCAGACGUGUCUUUAGCACGGACCGACCUGUGAUAACAGCACGCCUGUUUACUGUCGCAGCACACAAAUGCAUCUAACUACACAGCCAUCGCCGGUGUCCCCGCGGCCACCACGUUUCUUAUAUUAAAUGGUGGCGACUUGCACAGAACCGAGGGAGGCACACCCUCCUGCAGACUAAGUCCUCCCAGAUGCUGUGUCGUAUGUAACGUGUAAAUGCUACAUGUGGAAAACUGUACUGUGCCAGUUAGGAAAUCAUGGCAGAAGUCUGCAUAUCUGAUACAAUGUAAUUUCUUUCAAAUAUUCUUGACCUGUGGUUGGUUGAAUCCAUGGAUACGGAAGGCCAGCUGCAUACUAAGAACUCUCGAAGAAAGACAUUUGACAUGGGAAACCUCUGGGAAUUUAAGUACCACCUCCACGUCGGUUUUUAGGGACCAUGCACAGCCAGGCCCCAAAGCCUCCUGUGCUUUGAAGCUCUGGGGCUCCUUGGCCUGCGCCCACUGCCUCCACCCGGGACGGCCACCAGCCACGGGACUAUCAGGAGGGCCGUGCGGCAGCUCACACACCCAGACCCAGACCCACUUCCUGUGUGAAGUGCAACACGCCCCACGGUGUGCACAUGUAUGGGCGGGGCUCAGCCAGGAGGUGACCCUGUCCCCGCCGGGUGUUUCGAGAGGAAAGCCUGGUGUACCACACGCACACGUGUGCUGCCGGCACCGGAGCCGAGCCUGGCACCCUGCGAUCCACCCUCGGCCGGACAGUGCAGUGCACGGCGCCCCAGUCAUGGCCGUGACUUGGGCUGCAUUGUGCUGCUGCUGCCAUCCCAGUCCUUACACCAGCCACUUCCUGUGGUUUGACACAGCAGAAAAAUGGCAGGGCAUGGGAGGCCAGCCUCGGGACCUUCCACAUCGCCUUCCAGGCUGGAGACAAGCAGAUUGUCCUGCACGGUUCAGUCGGUCCCAGGAGCCUUUCCCAGUGUGCAUCUCACGGUGCAAUCAAAGCCACAGCCAAACCCACGCUGGGAACCCUGGCUCCCUGCCCAGGCUCCAGGCUGGGCCCAGCCUACCAUCUCCAUAUGCAGAGCCAGGGCCACCGCCGAUGGCCGUCCAGGGCCGCACUUGUGGAUGGGAGAUGACCCGCACUCCAGGAACAAUGGGGAAGAAAGAGAGGCUGAGACAGGACGGUGCAAGCCGGGGGAGGCAGACCCAAGACACCUCGCUUGGGCUCUGGUGCAUUGCGCUCACCGGUUGGUGGACCCGUUGUAGCAGUAGUUGGGCAGGAAGUCGUAGUUGAGCUCCCAGAAGACGUGGAGGGUGAUUCU